UAGUCUUGUUAAUAUUACCUCACAUAACAUAAAUAGUGCAUUUAUAAGAUACACCAUAUGCUAUUCCAUUAUGUCAAUUAUUGUUUCACUUUCAAUGGACACUGCUAAGGUUCAACAUGUAACCAAAAAGUCUUCUGAUGAGCUUCUGAAGAAGUUUGCAGAAGUGGGUUGUGACGAGGGUGGAAAAAGGAGAAGGAAGAAGAGGAAGGAACAUGAUUUAUGUGACUUUGACAGCCCUUCAACAGGUGGCGCAGCUGUCGAAAGGAGGUCUCUUCUGCUGCCCAGGUUGACACGGAGGUCGGUGCUGCUCCGGCAGCUCAGGGUCAGAAACAAGUCAUCACUCUUUGGAAACAUUCAUAAGGUGAGACAUGGCGUAGAACCAUUGAAGGUGCAUCCAGAGUUUUCUUGGAAGAGCAUUAUCAUCGUCAUAAGCGUUUGAUCAAUGACAGUGUUUAGACUCUGUUCAAAAAUGUGCAACUUCUCUUUCUGCAUGUGUGCAAACCUUUGUAUAUUUUCCCAUUGUAAUUUCUUCUCUCUGUUUUUCAUUCUUUGAUUUCUUGUAAUAAAAUUUAUGUCCUCAUUCUCCAUUUUGUUAUAAUAUCUCCUUUGAAAUAGUAAAAAGAAAUAUAACUUAUAAA